AUGUUCAACAAUCAAAAAAAAGACAGUUAUAUUAUUUACAAAUAUCCAGACUACACAAAGUUGGAUAGCUGUAAAAAGAAACAGAAAAGACAAAAUGUACAGCAACACUAUGAGAAGCAUAUAAUACCUGUUGUCAAAGAUGAUGUAAUGUGUAAAUAUUACAAAAACAAAGGUGAAGAAGAAGACUUAUUCUCAAUUACAGCAGUAGUCAAUACUCAUUUACAACAUAUAGUUCCAGAAGCAUUUGUGGUUGAUGACAAUGAGAUUGAAGAAGGCAAUACCUGUUUUGAUUUUGAAAAAGAAGAAAACUUUGAUGAGACCAGUGAUAUUUUGAUACCUUUGUCUUUUGAUAACAUGCCCUUGUAUAUCUGCUUUGUUACAAUAUCUGUUGUCAUAUUUCACUUGAUCUUUUUGAUGAAAAGCAGUGAAUCAAUUCUCAUUGAGUUUUGCAAUACACUACUGUCUCUCUGCAAUAUGUCUGGUGCCCUUUCAUUGAGGAUCAAUAGCUUGAAGCAUAAAGCAGAAUUUAACAUAUCAACAGAUGGAAUGACAGUAUAUAUUGCAUGCUCAUAA